GUCGCGUCUACUCGCGCAUGUCAAAAUCGAGAUAGGACCGCUUGACCACAGUGGCUUUCGACAGCUGCAGAUAAAUCUCCUUUAAACAGCUAAAUGAUGUUAUAUUAAUGUCAUCAGAAUGAUAUAAUGUUAAGUUAAUCAACACGCAGCUGAAUGAAGAGCUGGUUAAACGGCUCAGACUCGUGUUUUUGUAUUUGUUCUUCUGAGUUAGCCUGCCGAGGCUAGCACGUUAGCUAACAACAACAUGAACUUAGACAACCCUUCUGUUGCAUCAGGUGUUCCUUCUACUAUGGCAUCAUCAACGAGUAACUGCAUAGCUAAUGAUAAUGCAGUAACCGGCGUGAGCGGGAUCCUCUCAGCCACCAGUAACGCUAGAGCCUCUGCUGCUGUGACCACGCCCCCCGCUGACACGUCAGUUUCCAACGGCGUUUACCUUCCCAGUGGGAUCACCAAUGGAGACGUGAAGCAGGCCAUCUCCAGCACUCCUCUGGCUGAUUUCCUGCUGCAGCUGGAGGAUUACACUCCCACAAUUCCUGAUGCAGUUACAGGCUACUACCUCAACAGGGCAGGCUUUGAGGCUUCGGAUCCAAGGAUAAUACGUCUGAUCUCUCUGGCUUCUCAGAAGUUUAUCUCCGACAUUGCCAAUGACGCUCUGCAGCACUGCAAAAUGAAGGGGACAGCUUCAGGAAGCUCCAGAAGCAAAACAAAGGAUAAGAAGUACACCCUGAUGAUGGAGGACCUGGCUCCUGCACUCUCUGAAUAUGGAGUAAACGUCAAGAAGCCGCAUUACUUCACAUGAAGAUGGCUCCUCUCAGCUCCGUCUCUGUUGCUUAUUAUUUUUUCAGCUAUGAUUUGAAAAAUCCUUUGAUCUCUUUCUCAUGUCUUGUGGAACAGUUUCAUUGAGAAUAAUUGAUGGAUUUUAUUUGUCAUGAAAAUAAAAAAAAUCAACUUUUUUUGUGCUAAAGUCUGUUUUUCAAAAUAAACACUUCCUGUUUGGAAUCUGAAAAACUGACUGCUGCACCCCCUUCUGUAGGACAUUAAAGGAUGUUUCUGUCCGGUUCUUGUUUUUGAACCCAAACUGCAAAAGCUGCUGCCUUUCAGUUGCCAACAUGAAAAAUAUCUAAGCCUUUAUAAUCUGAGCUGGAGCAAUAUCAACCCAGGCUUUUGAUCUAGGUUAACAUUAGUGUAAGGUAGACAUGGCCUGCUUCAUCAGCACGCCGUCCAUGACACCAGGAGGAAGCGAUGGUGACAUAUUUCCUAACUUAUCUGACUUCCAAAGCCAAGGUCCUCACGGGAGACGAGACUUUUAUCGGACUCCCUUUAAAUGAAAAUAUCUUAUUUUGGCUCAUGAAAUGAUUUCUUAAAGAUUAAGAACAGUUAAACAAUGUUUCUUCUGAAGUGUUUUAAUGUCUUGAUUGCUUCACUGCAAUAAAUGAAUCUACACAAAUUUUAA